UUUUAUCAGUGUGACAGGUGCCUGCUUUCUCCCUUCCGCCCUUCCGCAUGGGGGCUUCUGGCUGGGUUGCCAGGAUUUGCUAGCCACAGGAGUGGUCUCUAUCUAGAAGCUCGCUGCCAAUAGUGGAAGCUUCUGGAUGCCUCGGGCACCCAACCUCCACUUUGCAAGGCAGUUGUUAAAUGAUGGUAUUUUAUUCCUGUAGAUUGCAGCUUUCAUCAGUGAAUCAAUGCAGGGCUGUGGUGGACAGAUUGUUUACCCUCCAAACUACUUGAAAGAAGUCUACAAGUAUGUUCGAGAAGCAGGAGGGGUGUGUAUUGCUGAUGAAGUGCAAGUUGGAUUUGGACGAGCUGGAAAGCACUUCUGGGCAUUUGAAUCCCAAGGUGUUGUUCCGGACAUUGUAUCCCUCGGUAAGCCUAUGGGCAAUGGCUUCCCGAUUGCGCUUGUCGUUACCACACCUGAACUGGCGGAAUCAUUUGCUGCCACGGGCAUGACCUAUUUCAAUACAUACGGUGGUAAUCCAGUGGCUUGCAGUGUGGCAAAUGCAGUUCUUGAUAUAAUUGAGAAUGAAAAUCUACAGCAACAUGCUCUAGAGCUUGGUGACUACCUGAAGGAAAAGCUCCUACAGCUACAAACCAAACACAGACUUAUUGGAGAAGUCAGGGGUAUGGGACUGUUCAUUGGAGUAGAGUUGGUGACUGAUCAAACAACAAAAGAACCAGCCACAGAGGAAGCCAAAAGAAUUACUUACAAGGCUAAAGACAGGUUUGUUCUCAUAUCUGCUGAUGGACCCCACAAUAAUGUGUUAAAGAUCAAGCCUCCAAUGUGUUUUGCAAAGAAAGACGCGGACCACCUGUGCUCAGUUUUAGACGAGGUACUGGGAGAAGUGGAAGAAUGCUAGUAAACGACACAGCAAAACAAAACAAGAGAACCAGUAAAUAUACUCAAGAACAUGCGAUGCAUUCCAUACAUAAUCAUUCCUCAUGGAAGUGACGCUGGGUGAACAGUGUGAAUUUAAUUGAUGCAUUUGUAUGCGUGUGAUGAGUGCAUCAACUCAUUUACAAAGUUAAAUGAGUAAAUGAAUCUCGUUCACGACCCUUUUUCAAAUUUACAUGUUUUAUUUAUCUAUUUUUAUUGAGAGGUUAAAUUAAGGAAGCAUGUCCGUGUUUGUUACACUUGCUGUUACAUUAUUAUUUAAUCAUAAACUCUUACAUACUUUUGAAAUCUUGAUAGAAGCUUAUUUUUGUGUUUCAUACAACAAAUUGCUGUCCAGACAGACCAGUCAGGUGGUAGCUCCUUUGGUUAUUUCCGAGGUUUGUCAAUGGUGCAAUUUUUUUGGGGAGGGGCUAACUGUAGUUAUCAGCCAUUAAGGUAUUUUUCUAAUGCCAUAAACACGGUUAUUAUCCUCAAAGUACACAAAAGUGUAGCUUAGAUUUUGGAUAUCAGUAAAUUUAAUCAGUGGUACAUUCUUGGAUUUUGGAUGAGACUUGACAAUAGUAAUGCUCUGGGUUAGAAAUGAAUAUUUUAAAGGAUUUUGAAACGGGCUUUAUUCGCAAAGUUUAGCGGAUAAAAUAUAGUUAAGCUAGUACUUUUUUCUAGGAUUGAAUUUCUUGUGCAGUUUAUUUGUCUGUAUAUCUUAUGUUGGUGACUUAUGUCGAAAAGGUGUGAAAAUGAGCUAUCAAUCGAUAAAAAUGCCUUCAGAGUGUGUGCGCAAUUCUUCGUAUAUCAAGACCAAAACAUUUUAUGAAUAAACCGGUUUUAUCGCUAUUUAAUAUAUUACUGCUAUUUUGUUAAAAUAAUUUGGCUGCCCGCCCCCUCGGUUUCUAUCGACUUCGAAUCGCCGCUUCCGGUAACUGUUAUCUGGUAAAAGCCUUGGAGCUCGCAGUCAAAUUAUAAGAGCUUAUUAAUAUAUAGAGAUGCUGGAAUGAAAGUAAAAUGAUAUUUCCUUAAUAAAACCUAAUUUAUAAUUUUUAAAAA